CUUCCAAACUGUCCCGGGACUCCGAGCUGCGCUUCUCCCGCUCCCCUCAGCUUCCUAAGGAUUUUGUUUCUCAGGGAUGGCCGCAUCUAUUCUGGAGGUAGGGAAUGUGAUUGAAGACGCACGCUAUGGCUCCAGUCCUCUGGCUAUGUUAACUGCUACCUGUAACAAGUUUGGCAGCACAAGCCCCGUCAGGGAUUCGGCUACACCCGGUAAGACCGGCAGCGCUACUCCAGUAAAGAAGCCCUACAUCAUGACCUCUGACCUUCAGACAGCUAAGAACGGACGGACCGCAGACGGCAGUGGCCUGGCGGACUCCUACACUGGCUCCUUCACCACAGCUGGAGGAGGAGGAGGAGGUGGCGGGCUGCUUACCCCCACUGGAAGCCCCCCUCCUUCAGCCGGAGGCUACACUACAGAAUAUAACCCCUUCUCCCACUCUUUCCAAACCUCCAUCUCCCAGGACCCGUCUCUUUUAGUGUCUAAGGCCCACGCUACAGCCGACUGCCUCACCAGCGUCUAUACCUCGCUGGAUAUGACACACCCCUAUGGCUCCUGGUAUAAAGCCGGUAUCCACCCUGGCAUUACUGCUGCUCCCGCGAAUGCCACGUCCUCCUGGUGGGAUGUCCACCCUAACUCCAACUGGCUGUCAUCAACUCAGCCUCAGACGGACGGAGGUCUCCAGGCCUCCCUGCAGCCUGUGGCACCCCAGGCCUCCCUUAGCCCACAGCUGCCCAGCUACAGCACCGACUUUACGCCACUCAACCCAGCUCCUUACCCCUCUGUGGGACUGGGCUCCUCCUCACACCUCCUCCAGCCCUCUCAACACAUGCUGCCCCAGGACAUGUACAAGCCCAAGCCUGUGCAAAGUGCAGGGCUGAUUGAGAGCCCCAUGGGCCUAAAGCCUGCUAGGGGAUCAGGGGGCUACAGCGGAGGAGGUGCACCCACCAGGUCCUCAUGUGACUGCCCCAACUGCCAGGAGCUGGAGAGGCUGGGGGCCUCGGCUGCAUCCCUGAGGAAGAAGCCCGUCCACAGCUGCCACAUCCCAGGCUGUGGGAAGGUCUACGGCAAGGCCUCCCACCUCAAAGCCCACCUGCGCUGGCACACUGGUGAGCGGCCCUUUGUUUGCAACUGGCUGUUCUGCGGGAAGCGUUUCACCCGCUCGGACGAACUGGAGAGGCACGUGCGCACCCACACGCGGGAGAAGAAGUUCACCUGCCUACUGUGCAACAAGCGUUUCACACGCAGCGACCACCUCUCCAAGCACCAGAAGACCCACGCAGAUUCUGCAAUGCAGGGGAAAGCUGUAGCUGUGGAGGGAGAGACAGAUCCUCGGAGUGAGGAGACCACAGAGCUCAACGCCAGCGCUGUGCCCAACAAUCCUGUUGCUGACCAAAUCACCAAUGGAGAUGAGAAGACUGGCACACCUAAUGGAGUGGAGAACAGCAGUGGACUGUUGGAGAUCUGACUUUGUUAAGACUUGUAUCCAGUGCUAUUGUGAGACGUGGUUCGUUAGAUUUUUAUGGUGGAAAAAAUUCACCUUUUAAGUAAGAAAAGACAGUAUUUUGUUUCAAGACAUACAAAGGAUAUCAGACUAUGUUUGAAAAGACUUGAUAUGAUAAAUGACUGAGCAUGUUGCAGGUAGCAAUCACUUCAUUAUCUGUGGACCACACACACGCCAAUAAAAGGAAACUAAAGCCUGCAAACACACACACAAAUGCACAAAUGUACGGAGGCAGACACAAACGCACACAUAAAUAUGAGCAACCGAGCCAUGAUGUACAUGGAAACAAAUAUAACACGCGCAUGUGCACAUACACGAGCACAGAAAUAACUGUGAGCAAAUGUGCAAACAUAUAGAAUUCAUACAUACACGCACACACACUCACACAAGUAAACACACUCAUGCACACAUUUUCUGCCUUUCAAAUGAGACAAACCACUGGGGAAAUUUAAUCUGCGAAAGCAGAAGGAAAAGAGCUCUGAAGCCGCAAAAGGAAAGUAGUUUUAGAAGGAGACUUAUGGUUAGGAUGGUGGAGUUGAUGGAGCAUUGCAUGCCUAAAGAAAAAUCUGAUUUACAGCUGUACUUUGAUACUUAUUCAUUAUUCUUGAAACAAUCAAUGGACAGUCUUACUUACUGCUUCGUAUUGCCAAAGAUGUCUUGAUGUAAAGAGUUUUGCAUUUUACUUUUGUUUGCUGUUUGCUUCUUAUAUGUCUAAUUUAAUUUCAUAUUUACAUAAAUAAUCUAAUUUAUGUCUUAAAUUAUACACAUGGAAGAUAAUCUUGCACCCUGCAGGAAAUAUAAUGCCUGAAUAAAUGCAAGAUGGUUGAAGCUGGCCAAAAUGAAAAGAAAAUGCAUUAAAUUAAGACUUUUUUUUCUCUUAUUUAUUAGUUAUAAGGUGGAGUUUGGGGCUGUGUUUUUAAAGAUUUAUUUAUAGAUCCUGAAGUUAGAUGUGCGUGUAAACUAUUUCAGUAUACUCUUUUAAUUGUGAAGUCUUCCACACCUGGCAAAGUUAUGAUUAAUAAGGGCUUCUCCUUGUUUGUACAUACUAUAUAUUUACAACAAUAUAUAGAUAUUGUUAGGUGUGUUAUUUUUGUACUUUUUUUUUAUGUAUUUUCUAUAUUUUGUGUAACUUUCCAAGACAAAAAAAGAUCUCUAAGUUGCAUCAGUAUAAAGUUAAACAUAAGAGCUUAAUUUGUUGUCCAUAAUUUUGCUCAUUGUAGAAUUAAACUACCACUGUUUGUUGAUUUGUGAAAGUAGUGUAUAAGGUACUGUAAAUACUGAUAAAGCAUUAAACCUCGUAAGGGUAAACCUGUUGUAAAAGUUGUGGUGUGAAAUCAUGACAAUGUUGGUGCUUUCAAAAGUAAAGAAAUUUCA